UCCACCCAAACGAAAUCAUCAUAAAUUUGCAUCCUUCAAGCUUCUUGGACUUUUACUCGCAUUCUGCUUGGUUGCGUUUGGCUCGUAUAAAGUCGGCCAGUGGUCGAUUCCGAAAGAAGACUCGGCGCAGCUGACUGUAGAAAAGCCUGUGCACGACACAGAAACCAGCCUCCCCAGCCAGGGGACUACAGAGCAAGCAGAGCCUGCAGACAAAGAGACGAACAAAGAGAUGGCCAGCGAGAAACACAGUGUUGGAUACUUCGUAAACUGGGGGAUUUAUGGGCGCAAGUUUCCUCCCUCAUUGAUACCAGUACAAGACCCCAGACACAUACUCUACGCCUUCGCCGAUGUUCGAGCGGAAUCCGGGGAAGUCUUCCUCUCUGACCCGUGGGCGGAUCAAGAUAUCCACUAUCCCGGGGAUUCUUGGAACGACGUUGGCACGAACCUAUACGGGAACUUCAAAGCGAUAUACAACUUGAAGAAGCAGAACCGUCAUCUCAAGGUCCUCUUAUCCAUCGGGGGCUGGACGUAUUCACCGCAUUUCCAUCCCGUGGUAGUGUCGCCUGCACUCCGUGCGAAAUUUGUGCAGUCGUCGAUCCAGUUGCUAGAAGAUUAUGGCCUCGAUGGUUUGGACAUUGAUUACGAAUAUCCACAGAACGACCAGCAAGCGAGAGGGUACGUUGAGUUGCUGAGGGAAAUGAGGGCAGCCUUGGAUGCGCACGCGAGAAGGAAGAACACGGAUUAUAGGUUUCUGUUAACGAUCGCUGCACCUUGUGGUCCCGAUAAUUAUCAGAAACUCCAUGUUCGUGAGAUGGACCAAUCUCUCGACUUCUGGAACAUGAUGACGUAUGAUUUCUCUGGCUCAUGGGACAAAAUCGCAAAUCAUCAGGCAAACGUGUACGGAGGCCCUAUCAGUGCAGCGCAAGCGAUCCAUUGGUACAUUUCCCAAGGCUUGCCCCGUCGCAAGAUUAUCAUGGGCGUACCACUUUAUGGGCGCUCUUUCUUGAACACCGAUGGUCCCGGUAGCCCCUUCUCCGGUCUAGGUCCAGGCAGUUGGGAAAGCGGCGUGUACGAUUACCGUGCAUUGCCGCUGCCGAACUCGUAUGUCUUGCGCGACAACCAGUCGCUCGCAAGCUGGACGUACGAUUAUGCGAAGAAGGAGAUGAUCAGCUUUGACGAUGAGGAGGUCGGGCGAUGGAAGGGCGAAUGGAUCAGAAAUGAAGGGUUGGGCGGGAGCAUGUUCUGGGAGCUCAGCGGGGAUAAGGGAAGUGGGAGGGAUGGGAUGGAGAGUGGGCCUGGAAAGGACCCGCAGCCGGGGCGGAGCCUCGUGCAAGUCGUGAAGGAUGCGAUGGGUGGGCUGGAUACAAGGCCAAAUUGGCUGAGAUACGAGGGAAGCAAGUUCGAUAACAUGCGGAAUGGAAUGUAAUCAUACUCGAGCUGAAUACCAUACGAUAUAAUCUCCC